CCAAACGAAAUAAAACCUAGAACUCGGUUCCGAGAGCAAUAAAACCUACAACUCUGCGUAAUAUAAAUCAGACCUGCGUCACGCCUCCCCGACGCCGCUCGCUGGAAGUUCCCGGACGCCACUACCUAGAAGCAGAAACGCAGCGGAGAAAUGGCUCCCAAGAGAGGUGGAAAAGUGCCUGCAGCACCCAAGAAGAAAGUGGAGAAGGCUGCGAAUCCUCUGUUCGAAAAGAGACCUAAACAGUUUGGUAUUGGAGGGGCUCUGCCUCCUAAGAAAGACCUGCACAGAUUUGUUAAAUGGCCUAAACAAAUCCGUAUCCAACGGCAGAAAAGGAUUCUUAAGCAAAGGUUGAAGGUCCCACCUGCAUUAAACCAAUUCACUAAGACUUUGGACAAGAACCUCGCCACAAGCCUGUUCAAGUUGCUUCUCAAGUACCGGCCUGAGGACAAGGCAGCUAAGAAGGAAAGACUUCUGAAAAGGGCGCAGGCUGAGGCUGAAGGGAAGACUGUUGAGGCUAAGAAACCCAUUGUUGUGAAAUAUGGACUGAAUCAUGUGACUUAUCUAAUUGAGCAGAACAAGGCCCAGCUGGUGGUUAUUGCUCAU